ACUGACUUCUGCUGCCUCUGCGUCUGUGCUCCUGCUGAUAAUCAAUCAAUCAGUCACUAAAUCAGCUGAUCUCGUUCCCGCAGCAGAAGACAAGCGUGCGUGGAGUCUGGCUCACUUCCCUGUUUUCCUGCUUCUUCACAUCUGGACGUGUUUAUCAUCUCACGCGCGCUUUAGAGGAGCAUGCUGGGGGAAAACUGGAGCUCGAGGUUCUUCGCUGGUUUGCUGGUUCUCCUCCAGGCCAGCUCAUAUGUGAGCAGUGCGGACCACGACUCCAGACCCAACUUCGUCCUGAUGAUGGUGGAUGAUCUGGGCAUUGGAGACAUCGGUUGCUAUGGAAACGACACCAUCAGCACACCAAACGUGGACCGUCUGACGGCAGACGGAGUGAAACUGAGCCAGCAUCUCGCCGCCGCUCCGCUCUGCACUCCCAGCAGAACCGCCUUCAUGACGGGACGCUACGCUCUGCGCGCCG